AUGUCUGCCUACACUGUUAGCGAUUCAGAAUUCCAGAAGUUGGAAGGCAAAGUCAUAUUGGUUACUGGCGGUGCAGCCGGCAUUGGGAGAGCCAUUGUCGACCUCGCCCAUCGGCAUGGGGCAAAAGUAGCCUUCUGCGAUAUUGACGAGACUCGAGGAAAGCAAGUUCAGAAAGAGCUUGGAAACGUCUUCUUCAAAAGAUGUGAUAUAUCGGACUGGAACGAUCUUGUCAGCUUCUUCCAAGACGUGCACUCGAAGCUUGGUCCCAUCGAUACCGUGAUUUCGAACGCUGCAAUCAACAGGGUUGAGACCCUUGACGAACCCAGCUCUGGUGCAGACUGGUACCUCCAAAAGCCUGAUAUCUCAGUGCUAAACGUCAACAUGGCUGGUACUUGGUAUGUAACCAAGUGUGCCAUUGGUUUCUUUCGUAAGACGCCUGAAUCGAAAUCUCAACUGGUUUUAUUCGGGUCUGCUGCUAGCUUCUUCGAUACACCACCCUGCUAUACAUACUGUGCCAGCAAGGCAGCUGUUCUGGGUCUUAUGCGCGCCAUGAGAACUCAGUUGCCGAAGAUGAACAUCACUGUCAAUAUGAUUGCACCUUGGAUGACAGAUACGGAAAUGGUCACCGAUCACAUCAGAAGCAUCUGGAAGGAGCUACCUGCGAAUACACCAAAGGAUGUUGCCACAGCAAGCUUAUUACCUGCUAUGCGACCGGAAGUGAAUGGAAAGUCGUUUUUCAUUCACGGCGGGAACAUUAGCGACCUGGAGGACAAGCUUGACGAGACUCAACCUCUAUGGUUAGGACCCGAACUCGAUAAAGAGAUGAGAGAAGGACAGCGUAGACUGAUUCCCUAG